UUUUUCGUCUUGCCAAUUUCCAGCCAAAGUAGCCAUUGAAAAAUUCAUCGUCAUACAUUUUUAUUAAUUCAAAUUGAAAAAAAGUUUUCGAAAGCACAAAAUCUCAAGUAUUGAAACAAAAUGCCAUCAUUUAAAGAACAAUUCGGUGCAUUUUCCAAGUUUGGUGACAGCAAAUCGGACGGAAAAUUCAUAAGUUUGUCGCAGAGUGACAAAUGGAUGAAACAGGCGAAUGUAUUCGACCAACAUGUCACCACAACCGAUACCGGCAUUCACUACAAGAAACUAUCAAAAUCCGCGAAAAAGGUAAGUUAUGCCGACUACAACAAGUUCUUAGAAGAUUUGGCCACAACAAAAGGUGUCGAUGUGGAAGAAAUGAGACAAAAAAUGGCCACUUGUGGUGAUCCUGGAUUGAAGCAAGCAACAACCAGUGGCAAAGUGAAAGACAAUGUGGAUCGAAUGACAGACACCAAAAAGUAUACCGGAUCGCACAAAGAACGAUUUGAUGACAGUGGCAAAGGAAAGGGCAUUGACGGCCGAAAGAAUGUUGCAGACACAGAUGGAUACGUAUCGGGUUAUAAAGGAAAAGAUACCUACGAUAAUAAAUAACAAAUUGAAGCAAAAUUUUUGUGAAUAAUAAAUACAGAAGAGUAUUUUUGAUACAAGAU